AUGAAGAAGUUCCUGGGAAACAUCAAGAAGAAGAGCUCGAGUCCUGAUCGAAAUGGGAGUGGCAGCACCUUCGUCCUGCCACAAGGCGACGCACCCGAGGCCGUCGUGGUGCGCGAAGUCACCGCAUUCUGCGAGUCGGGCGCGCCCAACUCUGACACCGCGGGCGAAGAAUACCUCCACCUCCCAGCUAUCGUCGAUGCCGCGGAAUCCAGUCCCACCGCAGCCAAAGAGGCGGCCGCGACCAUUCGGCGCUACCUGGGCAAAGACCACUACCAGCGAGGAUUUGCGCAGUACAACGCCGUCAUGCUCACCCGCAUCCUGACCGACAACCCCGCCCAGGCCUUUACCCAGAACUUCGAUCACAAGUUUGUCGCGACCGUGAAAGAGCUCCUGCGGGAAGGGAAGGACACCAGCGUUCAGCAGAUCCUCCGGGAAACCCUGGACUACUUCGAGUUCGACAAAGCACCGGGGAAUGAUACCCUGGGACCGCUGAUGGAGAUGUGGAAGAAGGAGAAGGGAAAGCGAAAUGCUCUUCGCCCUCCGGUAAGCCUCUCAGUCGAGGAGGACAUGGAAGGAAAGCUGAUCAUGGUCGCAACACAGCAGGCGGCUCAAAUACCUGGUGGUGCCUACUCGGGCCAUUAUCCACAGCAACAGUCGAGACGCCGCGACACGCUGCCACCGCCCGAAGAGUUGGUCGGACGCAUCGAAGAAGCAAAGACGACAGCGCGACUGCUGGUGCAGACCGUCCAGUCGACGCCUCAGGCGGAGCUUCUCGCGAACGACCUGGUCAAAGAGUUUGCCGAGCGGGCCAAAACUAUGCAGAGGAGCAUUCAGUCGUACUUGAAUGCGCAGAAUCCCGCGCCAGACCCUGACACGACGUUGACGUUGAUUGAAACAAACGAUCAACUCAACAUCGCCAUGUCGAAACAUCACAGAGCGGUCCUGCAGGCGCGGAAAGCGAGUGGCAUGGCCACACCCAGCCCCCAGCCGCAACCGGAGCCUCAGCAGAAUCCCCUGUUCACGCCCCAACAGCACGUCCCGGGCCAGAACGUCUAUGCUCAGACGUCCCAGCCUCCCUCCGUGCCCCCGGACCAUGGACCGUUCUCGUCCUCCCCUCCUCGUCGGCAGAACACCGUCCCCACGCCCGUGAGUCCGCUGCGGAGGGACGAGGCCGACGAGCUCUAUGCGCCGCCGCCAGGGCCUCCUCCCAGCAAAAUGGGCGCACCGCCACAUCCACCACCGUCAACCGCCCAGAAUCCCUAUGAUUUCUCCAAUGCCGCCGCCUUCUCCUCUGCCUACGCCGCUCCCGAACAGCCUCCUCCCGUCCCGACUCGGGUUCGUCCACAAUCCCACGUCUAUUCGUCCAGUGCCGACUACGGGGUGGCCGAAAAUCCGUUUGCCGACGACGCGUACGGAGCGCCUCAGCAACAACCAAGAUCGAAUGCGCUGUUUGACCGACAGCAAAACACGCCCUCCCCUCGUCCUCCGCAGCAAUAUGCCACGAAUCCGUAUCCUCAGGAAUUGCCGAGCGACCAGGCGCGGCCUGGGCCGUACAAUGCAGGGUACCAACCCACACCAAGCUAUAUACACCGACAAGAAUCAUCGGCAGAUCAUCUCACGAUGCAUGGAGGGGGUCCUCCAGCACCUUCUACGACAGCAGCGCCGAAUGGGAGGACAUCUUAUCCGCCGAGCAGUGGCUAUACAAGUAACCCUGUGAGCCCGAUUGAUGAGACGCAGGGCGUGGGCCGGCAGAUGCAUGAUCUACACAUUUAA